AACUCUAUUGGCAAGCACAAUCAAUUUUCAUAAUCUUAUAAUUAAUAGAUAAUAUAGCAUUUGCAAGAGGAUCAAAGAAACAAUUAUCAUAGAAAAUACACUUAAAAUGAAGCUCAUCAUAAUCUUAAUGAUCUUCUUCUUUGUCCUUCCUUUCUCAUUGGCUCAACUAAGGUUUGGCUUCUAUAGUUUUACAUGUCCACAAGUAGAGGAAAUUGUAGGUGAAGUUGUGCAAAGUUAUUAUCAAAGAGAUAUAACCAUUGCUGGUGCCUUGAUUCGCUUGCACUAUCAUGAUUGCAUUGUCAAUGGUUGUGAUGCUUCGAUACUAAUCGAUUCAAGAGUAAACAGGACAGCAGAGAAAGAUGCAAAACCAAACAAAACACUUCGAGGAUUCAACCUAAUUGACGACAUCAAGAGUAACUUAGAACAACAAUGCCCCCAAACCGUUUCGUGUGCCGAUAUCCUAACAAUUGCCACAAGAGAUGCAAUUGCAUUAUCAAAUGGACCAACAUACAAUGUCCUAACAGGAAGAAGAGAUGGGUUAGUAUCCAAUGGCUUCAAUGUAACCAUUCCUGGACCAUUCUCAAAUGUGUCACAAGCUCUAAAUUUUUUUACCUCAAAAGGGUUAACAUUAGAAGACAUGGUAACCCUUAUGGGUGCACACACUAUUGGUUUUGCUAAAUGUAUCUUCUUUCAAAGUAGGCUAUCAAGUUUUAAUGGAAAUAUUGAUCCUACAAUGGAUCCUAAUUUAGAUGCUUUUUUGGUUGAAAAAUGUGGAUCAAGAGGGAAUGAAACUUCAGUGUUUUUGGAUCAAAAAACACCCUUUGAUUUUGACAAUGAAUUUUAUAAUCAAAUAGUUAAUAAGAGAGGGAUACUUCAAAUUGAUCAACAACUUGCUUUGGAUCCUAUUUCAAAUGUCUUGGUUUGGAAUUUUGCAAGUGGUAAUUUUAACUUUUGGGAAAGAUUUGGAGUUUCUUGGAGUAAGUUGGCAAAUCUUGAUGUUAAGGUUGGAAAUCAAGGAGAAAUUAGAAGAAAUUGCAGGGCUUUCAAUUUUCCUCUUUUAUUUUAAGGUAUUUAAUUUUUAUAUACAACAAUAAGAGUGCCUUUUUCUAUUAGGUCACCAUGUUAUUAUACCAUAAUAUUAUUUAUGUGAUGUAUUAUUAAUUAGUUUGAACUUUGAAGAUAUGUAUUAUUUAUCUCUACAUAUGCAAUUGUUAUUAGUUCUCUCUACUAUUAAUUUUA